AUGGCCUAUGAGCCUCGUGGAGACUAUGGCGAUCGGGGUGGUGGCCAGGAUGGCGCAUUUAUGAAAGUACGAGGCCGAAGACCUGUGACGGACUAUAGUGCCAGUGUCCUCCAUUGGAUGCGAGACCGCGCCCCCAACUACAGAGGCGGCUACACGGGUGAGAGGGAGCGUCCAAGCGCAAGCUACAUUGUGGAUAUGAUUCCACCGGCAGGACGACCAGUGUUCCCGGCUGAUUCUAUCCCGGCCAAGCACCUCCAUUCUUCUCUGAACAAGAUCAAACACCCUAUCAAUGUCGUUCGAUGGACCCCAGAGGGACGCAGACUGCUCACAGCUUCGACCAGCGGCGAAUUCACUCUCUGGAACGGCACUGGCUUCAAUUUUGAGACUAUUAUGCAGGCUCACGAUUCCGCCAUCCGAGCCCUGGAAUACUCACAUAGCGACGACUGGUUGAUCUCGGGUGACCAUGAUGGAGUCAUCAAGUACUGGCAGCCAAAUUUUAACAACGUCAAGAGUAUCAAUGCUCAUACAGAUCCCAUCCGGGACCUUGCAUUCAGCCCCAACGACUCCAAGUUUGUCACCGCCUCGGACGACUCCACUCUCAAGAUCUUCGACUUUGCCCUUGGCCAGGAAGAGCUGAAGCUUGAAGGCCACGGCUGGGAUGCCAAGUCUGUGGACUGGCACCCUACAAAAGGAUUAAUCAUUUCCGGAUCCAAGGAUCACCUGGUCAAGCUUUGGGACCCUCGUACUGCGCGAGCCCUGACUACUCUCCAUAGUCACAAGAGCACAAUCACCAAGGUCCUGUUCGAGAAGAAGCUCGGUCGGUGUUUUGCGACCUCUGCACGAGACCAGACAGCUCGUGUCUUUGACUUGCGAAUGAUGCGCGACAUUGUGCUAUUGAAAGGCCAUGAAAAGGACAUUUCGACCUUGACUUUCCAUCCCAUACAUGCCAACCUCCUCUCCACGGGUGGCAUGGACGGUUCAUUGUUCCAUUACAUGCUAGAUACACCAAAUCCCCCGGCAGGCCAGCCCCUGACUGUCGCCCCUUAUGACAGCCUCGACCCAGAGUCAACUCCUGCCCAGUCAAUAUGGCCCACACACAGGGUUCCGUUUGCUCAUGAUUAUGCUAUUUGGUCUCUUGAUUGGCAUCCCCAGGGUCACAUUCUUGCGUCUGGGUCAAACGAUCGUAUUACUCGAUUCUGGGGCCGUGCUCGGCCGGGUGAGACGGAAAUUUUCCAGGACCGGUACCAUAUUGGCGAAGCAGCUGCCGAGGCACAAGGAACCUGGGAUCGCCGUGGCAACCGCCGCCAGCGACAGGAGGAAGAGCAGCGUGAGCUGGAGGACGAGAUGGACGCUCUGGUCGACCAAGAUGCGCAAAAGUCUGGUGUUCCCGGCUUGACUGGUGGCAUUCCCGGUCUACCUUUGGGCGGCGGUGCUGUCCCUGGCCUCGGCUCAAGCAUCCCGCCGCCUCCAAUUGUGCCUGGAGUCGGUGCUGGCUCAGCCGUGCCGCCUCUGCCUCCGCCUCCCCCCUUCGCCAUCCCCGGCUUCAACGGAGCACCGCCGCCUCCACUGCCCGGACUGGAUCUCCACAACCCUCCUGACCCGGCGAAGCUGCUCGAGUUGAUGCAGCAGGCCGGUAUGCCCAUGCCACCUCCAGGAUCUCUUCCUCCAGGUUUGAUCCCACCGCCUGGAGGUAUGCCCCCACUGCCGGGCAACUUUCCGCUUCCCAUCCCUCCACCGAUGAACCCCAAUGACUCGGAUCGUCGGCGCAUACCUCUCCCUAGCCAAGAAGAGAGUCUUCGACAAGAGCAACGACAUGGAAAGUAUACCCGCGCGCGGUAA